GCCAGUCCCACUAAGACCCCUGAAUUUGCCACUUUUCCUAUCUGGAGCAGGUCUUCUAUAUCUUCUUGUUCAAACCAGGAAAAGGAAAGGAAAGGGUUUAAAAGUAAACACUGAAAUGAGAAGGAAUUCACUGGGAGUUCGUCAAACUAAGUUAGAAUAGCUAAGUCGUUCUGACAGGUGUCUGGCACAGAGAAAGAGCAAACAUUUCCUCAUCAUGCUACAACAUCUAAUACUUUUUUUCCUUGGAAUUGUUAUACGAAAUGUCUGCUCCCUGGCUGAAACCACUGGGCAGGCAAAAAGAUGUGAUCAGAAGUCUCUCCUAAUAAUUAGGACUGAGUGUCAGUCCUGCCCACUCAACUUUGGAGUCAAGUGUCCAGAUGGUUACACCAAGAUUACCAAUGGCUCUGUUGGGGUUCGAGAUUGCAGGUACACCCUUGAGAUCAGAACAUACUCUCUGUCUGUCCCUGGAUGCCGCCAUAUUUGUAGGAAGGAUUAUGUCCAACCUCAGUGUUGCCCGGGCCACUGGGGCCCAGACUGCAUGGAGUGCCCAGGAGGAGCGGGAUCCCCCUGCAGUGGCAGGGGCAGUUGUGCUGAAGGCAUGGAAGGAAAUGGAAGCUGCUCCUGCCAAGAAGGGUUUGGUGGAACAGCCUGUGAGACCUGUGCUGAUGACAACUUAUUUGGGCCCAACUGCUCAGCAGUGUGCAACUGUGUACAUGGAGUGUGCAACAGUGGACUAGAAGGUGAUGGAACCUGCGAGUGCUACUCUGGGUACACUGGCACCAACUGUGACAAGGCCAUCCCCGAAUGUGCAACCCUGCUCUGCCCAGAAAAUUCCAGAUGUUCACCUUCCAGUGAAGACAAAACCAAACUGGAAUGCAAAUGCCUUCCCAAUUACAAAGGCGAUGGCAAAUACUGCGAGCCCAUUAAUCCAUGUUUGCAAAAAAUCUGUCACCCUCAUGCUCAUUGCACAUACCUGGGACCAAAUCAGCACAGUUGUACGUGCCAAGAAGGCUACCAUGGGGAUGGCCAAGUGUGCUUGCCAGUGGACCCCUGCCAAAUUAACUUUGGAAACUGCCCGACAAAGUCGACAGUGUGCAAAUAUGAUGGGCCUGGACAGUCACACUGCGAGUGUAAGGAACAUUACCACAAUUUUGUACCUGGAGUGGGGUGCACCAUGACCAACAUCUGUGAGUCAAAUAACCCAUGUCAUAGGAAUGCAAACUGUACCACCAUUGCACCAGGCCAAACCAAAUGCACUUGCCAGAAAGGUUAUGUGGGCGAUGGCUCAAUGUGUUAUGGAAACAUCAUGGAGCGACUCAGAGAAUUAAACAGUGAACCCAGAGGACAAUGGCAAGGAAUGCUGACCUCUUUCAUUUCACUUCUGGACAAAGCUUAUGCCUGGCCACUGAGCAACCUGGGACCAUUCACUGUGCUGUUGCCCACAGACAAGGGAUUGAAAGGAUUCAAUAUAAAAGAGCUUUUGAUGGACAAUGAAGCUGCCCGAUAUUUCGUGAAACUCCACAUAAUUGCUGGGCAGAUGAACACCAAGCACAUGAAUAACACAGACACAUUCUAUACCUUGACUGGGCAGUCAGGGGAAAUCUUCAACAGUGAUAAGGACAAUCAACUUAAACUUAAACUCUACGAGGGCAAAAAGAAGGUAAAAAUUAUACAGGGCAAUAUAAUCGCUUCCAAUGGGCUCUUACACAUCCUCGACAGACCUAUGGACCAGGUAGCACCCACAUUUGCAAGCAACACUGAGAAAACCAUAAUGACAAUGCUACAACCAAGAUAUAGCAAGUUCAGAUCUUUGUUAGAGGAAACCAAUAUGGGACAUGCCUUAGAUAAGGAUGGGAUUGGUGGACCAUACACCAUUUUUGUUCCAAGUAAUGAAGCAUUGAACAACAUGAAAGAUGGCACCCUCGAUUAUCUCCUUUCUCCAGAGGGAUCUAGGAAGCUUCUGGAACUUGUCAGAUACCACAUCGUCCCAUUUACCCAGCUUGAAGUAGCCACUCUCAUUUCCACCCCUCACAUCAGGAGUAUGGCCAACCAGAUCAUACGAUUUAACACAACUGACAAUGGACGGAUUCUGGCAAAUGAUGUAGCAAUGGAAGAAAUCGAGGUUGCUGCCCAAAAUGGCCGGAUUUAUACACUGAGUGGAGUUCUCAUUCCUCCCUCCAUUGUUCCGAUUCUGCCACAUCGAUGUGAUGAAGCAAAGCGAGAAAUGAAACUGGGCACCUGCGUGAGCUGUUCCGUGGUAUACUGGAGCAAAUGUCCAGCUAACUCUGAGCCCACAGCACUCUUCACACACAGAUGUGUCUACACUGGCAGAAUAAGGAGCCUGAAGAGUGGUUGUGCACGAUACUGUAAUGCCACUGUGAAGAUACCACAGUGCUGCAAAGGCUUCUACGGGCCUGACUGCAACCAGUGUCCGGGAGGCUUCCUGAAUCCAUGCUCAGGAAAUGGACAGUGUACAGAUGGCCUCAGCGGCAAUGGGACGUGCAUUUGUGAGGAUGGCUUCCAAGGCUCCCAGUGUCAAUUCUGCUCUGAUCCUAAUAAGUAUGGACCUCGAUGUGACAAAAAAUGUCCAUGCAUCCACGGGACCUGCAAUAACCGAAUAGACAGUGACGGGGCCUGCCUCGCUGGCACAUGCAGAGACGGCUCCGCUGGGAGAUUCUGUGACAAGCAGACCUCAGUCUGUGGGCCCUAUGUACAGUUCUGCCAUAUCCAUGCCACCUGUGAAUACAGCAAUGGGACAGCCAGCUGUGUUUGCAAAGCAGGAUACGAAGGGGAUGGUACUGUCUGUUCUGAGAAGGACCCUUGUGUAGGAUUAAACCCAGGAGGCUGUAGCCCCAAUGCAGAAUGCAUUAAAACUGGCACAGGGACCCACACCUGUGUGUGCCAGCCAGGAUGGACAGGGAACGGGAGAGACUGCAAGGAGAUUAACAACUGCCUGCUGCCCAGUGCUGGGGGCUGCCACGACAAUGCAACUUGUUUGUACGUAGGCCCUGGGCAGAGUGAGUGUGAAUGCAAGAAAGGUUUUCGAGGAAAUGGGGUUGACUGUGAACCAAUAACUUCAUGCUUGGAACAAACUGGAAAAUGUCAUCCACUGGCAACCUGUCGGUUUACUUCUGGUGUCUGGAGCUGUGUUUGUCAAGAGGGCUACGAAGGAGAUGGUCUUCUGUGCUAUGGAAAUGCAGCAGUGGAAUUGUCAUUUCUCUCUGAAGCAGCUAUAUUUAACCAGUGGAUAAAUAAUGCUUCUCUACAACCCAUGCUGUCCACCACCUCAAACCUCACCAUCCUCGUGCCCUCCCAACAAGCCAUUGCGGACAUGGACCAAGAUGAGAAAAGCUUUUGGUUGUCGAAAAGCAAAAUUCCAGCCCUACUAAAAUACCACAUGUUACUGGGCACACAUGGAGUGGCAGAUCUACAGACCCUGUCAUCCUCUGACAUGCUGGCAACAUCACUGCAGGGCAACUUCCUUCACCUGGCAAAGGUGGAUGGGAAUAUCACAAUUGAGGGAGCAUCCAUUGUCGAUGGUGACAACGCAGCCACAAACGGAGUGAUCCACAUCAUCAACAAGGUGCUGAUCCCCCAAAGAGGUCUAACUGGCUCUUUACCAAACUUACUCACCCGGCUGGAGCAGAUGCCUGACUAUUCCAUCUUCCGGGGAUAUAUCAUUCAAUAUAACCUGGCAAAUGUAAUCGAGGCUGCCGAUGCUUACACAGUGUUUGCUCCAAGCAAUAACGCCAUCCAGAAUUACGUCAAGGAGAAGAAGGUCACAACUCUAGAGGAGAGUAUACUUCGGUAUCAUGUGGUCCUGGAGGAGAAACUCCUGAAGAAUGACCUGCACAAUGGCAUGCAUCGAGAGACCAUGCUGGGUUUCUCCUACCCUCUUGGCUUCUUUCUCCACAAUGACCAGCUCUAUGUUAAUGAGGCCCCAAUAAACUACACCAAUGUUGCCACUGACAAAGGAGUGAUCCAUGGCUUGGGAAAAGUUCUGGAAAUUCAGAAGAAUAGAUGUGACUUGAAUCACACCACUAUUAUACGAGGAAAGUGUGUCGAUUGUUCCCUGAAGUCAACCUGCCCAAUCGGAACUAAACCACUAGGUAAUGAGACAAGGAAAUGUAUCUAUACCACUUAUUUCAUGGGAAUGCGAUCUGUGGUCAUUGGAUGCCAGUCAAAAUGUGUGAAAAGUGUCAUUACGAGAGAGUGCUGUGCCGGCUUCUUUGGUCUCCAGUGCCAGCCCUGCCCAGGGAAAGCCCAGGACGUCUGCUUCGGGAAUGGGAUCUGCCUGGAUGGCUUGAAUGGCACGGGCGUGUGUGAGUGUGGGGAGGGCUUCAGCGGCACGGCCUGUGAGACCUGCACAGAGGGCAAGUACGGUGCCCACUGCGACCAAGUGUGUCCUUGUGUCCAUGGGAGAUGCAACCAAGGACCCUCAGGGGAUGGCUCCUGUGAAUGUGAGGUUGGCUGGCGCGGAGUGAAAUGUGACAGUGCAAUCACAAAAGACAACUGCAACGGGACAUGCCACACCAGUGCCAACUGCCUUCUCAAUCCAGAUGGCACAGCCUCGUGCCGAUGUGCGGCAGGAUUCCAAGGAAAUGGGACAGUUUGCACAGCAAUCAACGCCUGUGAGAUCAGCAAUGGCGGGUGCUCUGCCCAGGCUGACUGUAAGAGAACCACCCCAGGAAGCCGAGUUUGUGUGUGCAAGGCUGGAUACACAGGCGACGGCAUCAUUUGCCUGGAAAUCAACCCAUGUUUGGAAAACCACGGUGGCUGUAGCAAGAAUGCAGAGUGCACGCAGACGGGACCCAACCAGGCCGUCUGCAACUGUUUGCCAACAUACACUGGAGAUGGGAAGGUCUGCAUACUCAUCGAUACCUGCUUAACCAAAAAUGGUGGCUGUAGUCAAUUUGCUAUCUGCAAUCACACAGAACAAGGAGAAAGGACUUGUACAUGCAAACCGAACUACAUCGGGGAUGGAUUUACCUGCCGUGGCAAUAUCUACCAGGAGCUUCCCAAGAACCCCAAAACUUCCCAGUAUUUCUUCCAGUUGCAGGAGCAUUCUGUUCAAGACCUGGCUGGCCCAGGCCCUUUCACCGUUUUUGCACCUUUGUCUGCAGCCUUUAAUGAGGAACCCCGGAUGAAAGACUGGGACAAACUCAACGUAAUACCCCAGGUUCUUCGCUAUCAUGUGAUCGCCUGCCAUCAGCUGCUUCUGGAAAACCUGAAACUGACCCCAAAUGCUACUUCCCUCCAAGGGGAGCCACUUGUCAUCUCUGUCUCUCAGGAUACAGUGUACAUAAAUAAUAAGGCUAAAAUUAUAUCCAGUGAUAUCAUCAGUUCCAAUGGAGUCAUCCAUAUCAUAGACAAAUUGCUGUCCCCCAAGAACUUGCUUGUCACCCCCAAAGAUGCCUCUGGAAAGAUUGCGCAAAAUCUAAUGACUGCGGCAAUUAACCAUGGCUACAUCAAAUUUAGCAACUUACUACAGGACUCAGGCUUGCUGAGUGUCAUCACCGAUCCCAUUCAUACCCCAGUCACUGUCUUCUGGCCCACGGACCAAGCUCUCCAAGCCCUACCCCCUGAGCAACAGGAUUUCCUGUUCAGUCAAGACAACAAAAACAAGCUGAAGGAGUAUUUGAAGUUCCACGUAAUCCGUGAUUCCAAGGUUCUAGCUGUGGAUCUCCCCAGAUCUGCUGCCUGGAAGACCCUGCAAGGUUCAGAGCUGAGUGUGAAAUGUGGAGCUGGCAGUGACAUCGGCGAACUCUUUCUCAAUGGGCAAACAUGCAGAAUUGUGCAGAGGGGGCUCUUGUUUGACCUGGGCGUGGCCUACGGCAUCAACUGUCUGCUGAUUGAUCCCACCCUGGGGGGCCACUGUGACACAUUUACUACUUUCGAUGUCUCGGGGGAUUGUGGGAGCUGCUUCUACACCCCCAGCUGCCCCAAGUGGAGUAAACCAAAGGGUGAGAAGCAGAAGUGUCGCUACAACCUGUCGUCCUUCAGGAGGAACAUGGAGGGCUGCCGGCAACUAUGCAACCUAGUGAUACAAGUCCCCAGGUGCUGCAAGGGCUACUUUGGCCCAGACUGUCAAGCCUGCCCCGGAGGACCAGAUACUCCGUGCAAUAACCGGGGUGUCUGCCUUGACCACUACUUGGCUACAGGAGAGUGCAAAUGCAACGCUGGUUUCAAUGGGACGGCAUGUGAGCUGUGCUUGCCAGGGAGAUUCGGACCCGACUGUCAGCCCUGUGGCUGCUCGGAUCAUGGACAGUGUGAUGAUGGAAUCACAGGCUCCGGGCAGUGCUUCUGUGAAACGGGGUGGACCGGCCGCUCCUGUGACACUCAAACAGUUGUGCCCCCCGUGUGCAUUCCUCCUUGUUCUGCUCACGCCACCUGUAAGGACAACAACACGUGUGAGUGUAACCUGAAUUAUGAAGGCGAUGGAAUAACCUGCACAGUUGUGGAUUUCUGCAAACAGAACAACGGGGGCUGUGCGAAGGUCGCCAAGUGCUCCCAGAAAGACACGAAAGUCUCCUGCAGCUGCCAGAAGGGAUACAAGGGAGACGGCUACAGCUGCACAGAGAUAGACCUUUGUGCCGAUGGCCUCAAUGGGGGGUGCCACGAACAUGCCACCUGCCGGAUGACGGGCCCGGGCAAGCGCACCUGUGAAUGUAAGAGUCACUACGUGGGAGACGGGCUGAACUGUGAGCCAGAGCAGCUGCCUCUUGACCGCUGCCUACAGGACAACGGGCAGUGCCAUGCGGAUGCUGACUGCACCGACCUCCACUUCCAGGAUUCCACUCUUGGGGUGUUCCAUCUACGCUCCCCACUGGGGCGAUACAAGCUGACCUUUGACAAAGCCAGAGAAGCCUGUGCCAAUGAAUCUGCAACCAUGGCAACCUACAACCAGCUCUCCUAUGCUCAGAAGGUUAAGUAUGGCCUCGUUUCAGCGGGCUGGUUGGAGAGUGGGCGGGUCGCCUAUCCCACAGCUUACUCCUCCCAGACCUGUGGCGCAGGCGUUGUUGGCAUAAUAGACUAUGGAACUAGACUCAACAAGAGUGAAAUGUGGGAUGUCUUCUGCUAUCGGAUGAAAGAUGUGAACUGCUCCUGCAAGGUGGGCUAUGUGGGAGAUGGCUUCUCGUGCAAUGGGAACCUGCUGCAGGUCCUGAUGUCCUCGCCCUCACUCACAAACUUCCUGAUGGAGGUGCUGGCCUAUUCCAACAGCUCAGCCAGAGGCCGAGCGUUUCUGAAACGCCUGACUGACCUGUCGAUCCGCAAUACCCUCUUUGUGCCAGAGAACAGUGGGUUAGGGAAAAACGAGACCCUGUCUGGGCGGGACAUUGAGCACCACCUUGCCAGUGUCAGCAUCUUCUUUUACAAUGACCUUGUCAACGGUACUAUCCUGCAGACUAGGCUGGGGAGCCAGCUGCUCAUCACCUCCAGCCAGGACCAGCCCCAGUUGGAGGAGACCAGGUUUGUUGAUGGAAGAGCCAUUCUGCAGUGGGACAUCUUUGCCUCCAAUGGGAUCAUUCAUGUCAUUUCCAAGCCUUUGAAAGCACCUCCAGUGCCUUCAACUCACGCUGGCUUGGGAACAGGGAUAUUCUUUGCCAUCAUCCUGGUCAUUGGAGCCAUCACUUUGGCUGCCUAUUCUUACUUUCGGCUAAACCGAAGAACAUUUGGCUUCCAGCGUUUUGAGUCGGAAGAGGACAUUGACGUUACAGCUCUUGGCAAGCAGAAGCCUGACAAUAUCUCCAACCCUAUAUACGAGAGCACAACCUCAGCUCCCCCAGAACCUUCCUACGACCCCUUCACAGACUCUGAGGAGCAGCAGCUGGAGAGCAGCGAUCCCCUGGGGGCGCUGUGAGGGCCUGGACGUGAGCAGUCAGCCCUCCCCAUUGCCACCUGGGCCAACAGGGCUUCAUCGAAAAGGCUGUCAGCUGUGAAUUCUCAGCACUCAGCAGCCUUUGGGGAAUGCAAGGUCCUUCAACCUUUUGAAGUAUGGAGCACUUAAAGCUACACUUCAUCUCUUUGGUUAAUCUGGGGUUAUUGUGUUUCCAUGGGUGAGGGGUCACUAUUACUAAGUCUGCUCAGGGAGAAUUCCUCCUCUAACCCACCACUGUCCUUCCUUUGUGCCCUGCAGAUGGGUAUCCAUGAUCUUAUUUCCCUGUUAGACUGUAAGCUCCCAAGGGCAGGGACUUGUCUCAUUCGUCUUUGUACCCCAGCACAGAGGUGGCAUAAGAAAAGUGCUCAAUAAAUGUUUAUGAAGCAGAAAAUCAGUGAAAUAAAUCACUAUUUGGGGAAACAGAAACCCCACAGGUAGGAUCGAAUAAAUGGCAAAAUCCCCUUAUUAGAACUAAUUAAGGCCUUUUCAACUAGCCAACAUCUGCCCUG